AUGGCACCCUUGGACGAUGAAACAGCGAAGAAAGUCAUUCGUCAGGUGGAAUUCUAUUUUAGCGACAGUAAUCUUCCGAGGGAUAAGUUUUUGAUGAAAACCAUCAGUGAAAGUGAUGAUGGAAGGAAGAAGGUUGGUAGAGUUACUGAGAUUGCAAAGCCCGAGGAAGUAAUUGAGCAAUUAGAUGACAGAACGAUUGGUGCAUCUCCACUGGAAUAUGAUGUCCAGCUUGAACAUGUGGAAUCGUUUUUCAGCCAAUAUGCUAAGUGUGGAGGAUGCUGCAAAUGUUUUAAAGCAAACCCUGAGUUAGAACUGAAGCCAAGGAAGGAAUAUGAUGAUGAAAGAGCUAAGCAAGAGGAGGUUGCGAAAACUCGAAACCAAGUGGGUUCAAACCGCAAGGAGACGAACAAUGCCGAACCUGACUAUCCAAAAGGAUUAAUUGUUGCGUUCACAAUGAAGAGCAUGUCUGCUGAAAAUUCUACCAAACAAACUGGUAAUCACAAACAGCUGAGAGAUGAUGUCUCUAUGAAAGAUGAUGGAGAUCAGGAAAAAACUCAGGUUGAUUCUGAAGAGACUAAAAAAGAUGCUCCGGAAGAUGUUAUAGAUGCGACAAAUAUUGUAGAGAAUGCAGAGAAGGAUGAAGAAAAGGAUGCAGAUGCCAAUGGUGCAGACACUGAAGUCCGACAAUCUGAGGAUAAUGAAAAAUCUGAAGAUAUCCCAAAACAAGAAAGAAUAACCCUUGCAGCUUGCAAGGACAAUAAAGAUUUUCAAGAGAGGAUCUAA